AUGCAGAUCAAGUCUCUGGUUUUCUGCCUCCUGGCUGCCGCCAGCGGCGUUGCAGCUGGCGACUCAGCCGAAGAAUACCUAAGCCAAGUCGGUGUCACUGGCGUAACAAACAGCAAGACCGCUACCAAACUCGCCAGCGCGCUGAAAUCCGCCUAUUCCAGCAUCGGAACACGAUCCGAUUAUGAAAGCGCCCUAAGUGUGCUCAAUACAGCUGUGCCCACGCUCACCAGGAGCACUUACCUCGAGCAUAUUGAUACCACAGCGCCUCCGAAGUGGUUCACCGGACUUCCGAAGGAGGUCAAGAGUGAGCUCCUGAGUGGCCAGUCGGCCAUCGACCAUGUCUAUACUAGCGUGUUGAAGAUUAAAUCGUCAAAGGGAAAUGCUGCUGCUCAGCCGACGGCGCAGGUCAUGGCUGGCGGAGCGGUCAUGGCGGGAGCGCUGGGUGUCGUUGCCUUGUUGUAG